AUGGAGCCCGCGGGCACCGGGAGGAGCCUGCGGGCGCCGCCGCCGCCGCUGCUGCUGCUGCUGCUCCUGCAGGUGGCGGGGCCGGCGGGCACCCUGGCUGAGACCCUGCUGGACGCGUCAAGGGCUAUGGGCUCCAGCUCCAGCCCGCCCAGCCCCGCGAGCGUGGUGGCUCCCGGAACGACGCCGUUCGAGGAGAGUCGAUUGCCAGUGUUCACCCUGGAUUACCCCCACGUGCAGAUCCCCUUCGAGAUCACCCUGUGGAUCCUGCUGGCCUCCCUGGCCAAGAUAGGCUUCCACCUGUAUCACAAGCUGCCCACAAUAGUGCCCGAGAGCUGCCUCCUUAUAAUGGUUGGCCUGCUGCUCGGAGGGAUUAUUUUUGGGGUCGAUGAAAAGUCCCCGCCUGCCAUGAAGACCGAUGUAUUUUUCUUGUAUCUCCUCCCGCCCAUCGUGCUCGACGCAGGCUAUUUCAUGCCCACUCGCCCAUUCUUUGAGAACAUUGGCACCAUUUUCUGGUAUGCCGUGGUAGGGACCCUCUGGAAUUCCAUUGGCAUUGGGGUGUCUUUGUUUGGCAUCUGCCAAAUCGAAGCCUUCGGCCUGAGUGACAUCACUCUGCUCCAGAAUCUACUCUUCGGCAGCUUGAUCUCAGCCGUGGACCCCGUGGCUGUGCUCGCCGUCUUCGAGAACAUUCAGGUCAACGAGCAGCUCUACAUCCUGGUCUUCGGAGAGUCCCUGCUGAAUGACGCAGUGACGGUGGUCCUGUACAACUUGUUCAAGUCUUUUUGCCAGAUGAAAACCAUUGAGACCAUUGACGUGUUUGCUGGAAUUGCAAACUUCUUUGUUGUGGGAAUUGGUGGGGUGUUGAUUGGCAUCUUCCUGGGAUUUAUAGCGGCAUUUACUACUCGGUUCACGCAUAACAUCCGAGUGAUUGAGCCACUCUUUGUCUUCCUGUACAGCUAUUUGUCCUAUAUAACAGCCGAAAUGUUUCACCUCUCAGGUAUCAUGGCAAUCACUGCCUGUGCAAUGACUAUGAAUAAGUAUGUGGAGGAAAACGUAUCUCAAAAGUCCUACACGACCAUCAAGUAUUUCAUGAAGAUGCUGAGCAGCGUCAGUGAGACCCUGAUCUUCAUCUUCAUGGGCGUGUCCACUGUUGGAAAGAACCAUGAGUGGAACUGGGCCUUCGUGUGCUUCACGCUUGCCUUCUGUCUCAUCUGGAGAGCUCUGGGUGUCUUUGUCCUGACUCAGGUCAUUAACUGGUUCCGGACGAUCCCCUUGACCUUUAAGGAUCAGUUCAUCAUUGCCUAUGGAGGGCUCCGAGGCGCCAUCUGCUUUGCGCUUGUGUUCCUCCUACCUGCUGCUGUGUUUCCUCGGAAAAAGCUGUUCAUCACAGCUGCGAUCGUUGUCAUAUUCUUUACGGUCUUCAUCCUGGGAAUUACUAUCCGACCACUGGUGGAAUUUCUAGAUGUUAAGAGGUCCAAUAAGAAACAGCAAGCGGUCAGUGAAGAAAUCCAUUGCCGGUUUUUCGAUCAUGUGAAGACUGGGAUUGAAGAUGUUUGUGGACAUUGGGGUCACAACUUUUGGAGAGACAAGUUUAAGAAGUUCGAUGACAAAUACCUACGGAAGCUUCUGAUUCGGGAAAACCAACCCAAGUCAAGCAUUGUGUCUUUAUAUAAAAAGCUUGAAAUAAAACAUGCCAUUGAGAUGGCAGAGACGGGAAUGAUAAGCACUGUGCCUUCUUUUGCGUCUCUGAAUGAUUGUCGUGAAGAAAAAAUAAGGAAGCUCACACCUGGUGAAAUGGAUGAAAUCCGAGAAAUAUUAUCCAGAAAUCUCUAUCAAAUCCGACAGCGAACUUUGUCCUACAACAGACACAACCUGACAGCUGACACAAGUGAGCGACAAGCCAAGGAAAUUCUGAUUCGCCGGAGGCACAGUUUGCGAGAAAGUCUCAGGAAAGACAACAGCUUGAACCGAGAGCGCAGGGCUUCCACUUCAGCUUCUCGAUAUUUAUCCUUACCAAAGAAUACAAAGCUUCCAGAAAAGCUACAAAAGAAAAAGAAUAUUUCUAAUGCAGGUGGCAACAGCAGUGACUCGGACACAGAUGUUGGGACCACUGUCCUCAAUCUGCAGCCCCGAGCAAGGCGCUUCCUGCCAGAACAGUUCUCAAAGAAAGCCCCGCAGCCCUACAAAAUGGAAUGGAAGAAUGAGGUAGACGUUGAUUCCGGACAGGGCCAGCCUUGUAACCCCCCGGCUCCCCACAGCAAAGACGGGGGCACCCAGACCCCAGGCAUGCUACGGCAGCCCCUUCUCUCCAAAGGCCAGUUUGGUCCAGUGCGGGAAGACAGUAUGACUGAAGGUGGCCACCCCAAGCCACCGCCCAGGCUAGUCCGAAGGGCGUCAGAACCUGGAAGCCGGAAAGGCCGAUUUGGAAGUGAGAAGCCUUAAUGGAAAUGGCCAAAGCAGACCUGGAGUGACUGACCCAGCACAGCUAGGGUGUGUUACUCUGAAACCUGACACAGCAGUGGAAUCCAUUGAAUACCCUCUAUGCAUCUAACGACUUCUUUGGGUAGCAGAGUCAUGCCACUGACUUACAGGAUGAAGGCUCAUCCCAAGAAGAGGAAAAUCAAAGAAGACAGUUCCAUAAAAUGCCUUUUGUGACUUCUUGCUAGCAGUUAUAUUCUUUGCAAGCCUCAAGAAAAAGAAAAAAAAAAAGUGUGCCUUUAUUGAACUUGAAUGACAGAACUUGAAAUUUUUAUCACACCCUUGUUGGUGAAAAUUUUAAUAUAUACAUGUAUGCCUCAAAUUUUAUUUAUGAAAACAUAUCUAUAUCUG